GGAUUCAGAGCGAACGCACGCUGCUGGAGUUGGAGUUUACACUCAACCCGACCGAGCCCGAACCCGAACCUCUCGUUUUCUCUCUCUCUCUCACUCCUUCUUUCGUGUCCUCCUCAGCCAUGUCCGAGGUUUUGCCCUACAGCGAGGGGAAGAUGAACGGCUACGGACCGGACGACGAGGUCGGACAAAUGUCGUUCAGCUGCCGGCUGCAGGACACCAACUCGUUUUUCGGCGCGUCGCAGUCAAAAAGGCCGCCGAAACUCGGACAAAUCGGACGGGCAAAACACGUGGUCAUUGAAGACGACCGAAUAGACGAGGUGCUGAAAGGCAUGGCGGAUAAACCGUCCCCCGGUGUGUAGACCCUCCUGACGCCUAAGAACCUUUUUUGCAUUUAAUCACCGGUUUGAUGCGCCGCAUGUAAAGCAGUGAGGAGCGACUGAGAAGCCUCUGAGGAUCAGGAUGCUGAGAGCGGACUGAGGAAGAGAUGAUGAUGAUGAUGAUGAUGAUGAUGAUGGACUAACAUGACAUGACCGCGGGCGUAUGGGUUUUAGGGGUGAAAAAAAUAAGUGGAAUUUUCUUUCCAAGCUGCUGGUUUAGCUUAUAGGCCUACUUCUCCAAACUAAACCCAUCUAGAUUAAUCCACCCACCUUCAUCACAGCGAUGAGAAGAAGUUCUGCUCGGGGUCCGACUUCAUCCGUCAUCACGAUAUCAAUUCAGUAUCGGACAUCGGUGUCGGUUUUAGCAGUGCCACGUUUCACAUCGAUGUAGCUGCGUUCACGUGCUGUCGGAGAUCAUAGGAAUAAAUUACGGGUCACGAGCUCACAAACGACGCAACACUGAGUUUUAAUAGUGUAGAAAAAAUAAUGAAAGGCAACAGUUGAUGAUAAUUGUGUGCAUGCAAAAUGCAUGACAUUUCAACUGUAUAAAUAUACAGCGAUAUUUAAAUAUUCAUGUGUUAGACUAGAAUAGUGUACACACUUAGAAAUAAAGGUACCAAAUUGUACUUUUUCUUUUCCUGUCAGUCGGUUGGUAGUCUACCUUCGAAGGUAAGGUACAUGUUGUUCAUCUUUAAUUAAACUUUAAAGCUAAAUCAGUGCUCAUUCAGCUUCAAUUAUUAUUAUUAUUUUUUACAAGCAACAAGAGAAGUACACCUUGGCACCUUUAUCUGUCACAGUGCAGCCUGAACAUCAUUUCAAACGUGUUUUCUGCUUGCUACAGGCUGGCUGUGGUGUUCAUUACGUAACAUCCACACACCAUGUUUUUUUAAAUUUAUUUCCACUUCCGGCUUCUGCGUCAUGCCCUAAUUACACACUUCCGAGACAUUGAACGUAGCAUGAGCUCAUUUUAAAGUUCAACAUCGCGCGCACACACACACACAAAGCAGGCCUGGUCCUGAUGUGUGUGUCAACCAGAGAAGAAGACAUCUGCAAAUAUGAGAAAAUAUGUUAAUUAUAUGAUAAUGAUAUAAUAAUGAUAUGAUAAUUAUCCCCAUAAACACCGCAGGUUAAGAGCAGAUAAACACGAAGUUUACAUCCAAUGCCAGCAAGGACCUAAAAGAAGUAUUAAUAAUCAUUCUGACUUUUUUUUUAAGGACAAGGAGAGGAAUUUAUUUCAUUUCAUCAUUUUUGAAAAAACGUUUGGCGUUGUGUAUAUAGAAAAUCUCUUGGUGAUUGAGUUUGCAUGACCUUUGUGCCAACGCAGGUGUUUGCACCUGUGUCCAAAACCCCUUCUUUUUACUGAAGUUAAUAUUUGUAUUUAAUAUUUUUUUAUAAAUAAAUAUUUGUUACUUAAAAUGAUAUGCUAAUGUGCAUUCAGAGGCAUAAUAAUAAUAAUAAUAAUAAUAAUAAUAAUAAUAAUAAUGGAAUGUUUCAGAUAUUUUAAUACAUCGACAUAUUAUUAUUAUUAUUAUUAUUAUUAUUAUUAUUGCUUGUUAUUCGAAAACUGAAAAUACUCCAUUCCAUUUUUCCAUCAUCAAGUCAUCUAACACAGUGUUAUUUCAUUUUUAUUUUCAGUUACUUAUUUAUGUAUUUAUUUAUUUUAUACUAUUCUGUAUGGUUUGUUGUGCAUGAAAUCGUAAUAUUUUCCAAAUGAAUGAGCAUUUUUACAAAGAAAAAAAAAAUCAUCUCAGCACUUCUGGAGAAUGAACCAUUGUGUACUCUGAUGUCAUCUCACUGUACUUGCUGAGUUUAAUAAAUGGGGACAGAAGCUGUCAAGUCGGCUGAUUUGUUCAGUUUUCAAAUACUGAAUGAUUUCCCAUCCGAGACGGGCAAUGCGUAAGCUAGGAAUAAUAAUAAAAAAAGAAUUUCAAGCAUUUAGUGGAUAUAAUAUACCACAAUCCUCUUCAUCUAUAAACUAUAACUAAACCAAAUAUACUCAAUUUCAACAGAGACAGAAAAAAUAU